AUGGAUAGACCAUGGAGAGCUAACGUGAAUUAUAAGCGCCAAGAUAAGGAAGAGAAACUGGUUGAUCAAGGAAAUCAAAGAAGUAGAGGUGGUCGUAGAGGUCGUGGUAAUCGUGAAGGGCGUGAGAUAAUCGAGUGGGUUAAACAUCAAAAUGUGUACAAUCAAUCGUCGUGCCUUUCCUUGAAUACCGUUCCGAUCAAUGCUCGAAAAUCCCCCGAUGACCUAAGUCUGCUGUCGUAUUACUUUGAACUUGAAUUGGUAAAUGGAGGGUUAACGAAAAUUGACCAAGUUAUCCGUGAUUGUAUGUUAGAAUUGUGGAAUCACCUGCCUCUCAUAGACCUAGCUCUUUUUGAUAUCGGUAGUUUUGACGUGAUUGUGAGGAGAGAUUGGAUGUUGGCAAUGAAUACGGAAUUUACGACUUAUUUGAUCAACUCCAAGGCGCUCUCUACUUUUCUGGGAUUGAUUUGUGGUAGGGUUACCACCAAAUUGCGUAUCCAUGAAGAUGAUAUUCUCAAGACGGCCACGGUUAUGCCUUUUGGAAUGAGCAAUGCACCGGCGGUGAUCAUGGACUUGAUGAACCGGGCAUGUCGACCCUACUUGCAUAGGUUUGCCAUUCUCUUCAUUUAUGACAUCCUUGUCUAUCCCAAGACGAAAGAAGAACAUUCGAAAUGUUUGAAGGGAAGUUUUAGGGCUAUUCCGGGAAGAGAAAAUGGUAUGCCAAGUUCUCCGUGUGAAUUUUGGCUCGAAGAGAUUCACUUUCUUGGUCCCGUGGUGAGCAAGGAAAGAAUUCAUGUGGAUCCAAAUAUAAUUGAAAUGGUGGAAAAAUAG